CCAGUGUUCCACAUAGGGGACAAACUAAUUUAACAUUGUCACACUUAACACACAUGGUCUUAAAUGCAUGGCAAAGCACUCAGGUGUUUUAAAGAAUAAACGUAACUAGCAUAUGCGCACAUGAGUAGAACAAACAAUUAUGCAGUGUGCUCUUUGGGCAUUUGUUUGUUUAACCUGCAUUGAAAAACCACUAAAUGAUCCUCCUCCGGAAGAGGUCUGUAGGUGUCAAGGCUUUUUUUUUUCUUGGCAGUGAGAAUAAAACCCAUUUCCUCUUUCCAACUUUCACUCACACAGAGGCUUUCAGUCCUGUAAGCACAAUGGUAUCAGGUGGAGAAUUCCUUUACAUCUCUCUUGAAGUGCUCAUUGCAGUGGGAUGCUGUCUGGGCAAUAUGUUGGUGAUCUGGGCCGUGUGGAGAAGCGGAGCCCUGAACAAACCCACUUUCUGCUUGAUCGUGUCUCUGGCAGUGGCUGAUUUCCUGGUUGGGGCUGUGGCAAUUCCUCUGGCUGUGACUGUGGACCUCCACAUCAAAAUCCCUUUCCAUGCCUGUCUCUUCAUCAGUUGUUUUCUCAUCGUUCCUCUACAAGCAUCAGUGCUCACCCUCCUGGCUAUUGCUGUGGACCGAUGUCUGCGGGUUUGUAUCCCUUUCAGGUACAAGGCUACAAUCACUAAGAAGCGCUCAUGGUUCCUCGCCGCUGUGUGCUGGAUACUGGCAUCUUUUCUGGGGUUCUUACCCAUGUUUGGAUGGUACAACCAUGACACACUGACACGUUACAACUCCACCUCCAUAGAAUGUCAGUUCCUUGAUGUCAUUCCCAUUACAUACCUGAUCCACUUCAUCUUUGAAGGCUGUUUUCUUCCUCCACUGGCAGUCAUGAUCGCUUUGUAUUGCUACAUCUUUUUUAAAAUUAGAAGUGUUAGAGCAGGUAUGUCAGCUGAAACCAGUAAAUGUAAAAAAAAGGAGCACCAACUAGCUACCUCUCUGGUUUUAGUCUUGGCUCUUUUUAUUGUUUGCUGGCUUCCGUUACACACGAUACAAUCAAUCACAUACUAUAACCAGAGUAUACAUGUCCCGUCCAUUGCUUUGUACUUUGGCAUUCUCCUCUCUCACGCCAACUCGAUGGUUAACCCUGUAGUGUAUGCAUUCAGAAUCCCUAAGAUAAAGCGGGAGUACAGGAAGAUUUGGAGGAGGAUGAUUUGUCAACAGCAGCAGGCAGAUACAAACAGCAGCAGGACUCCUGCUAGUAACACCACCGACAGCCAUGAUGGACGAGUUCAUGUGAAAAUCAGUCCACAGGGGGGAGCCACUGACAUGACUGACUCCACAGUAAAAUAAAUAAAUCAAAUUUGUUUGUAAAUGUAAUAUAAAUUAUAUAAAUAUAAACAUGUAAAUACAUAAUAUUUUAUACAUAAAUAUUUUUUAAAUAAAAACUGUAUAUGUGUGUAUUUAUAUAAAAAAAUGUACACAGUACACACACAUAUUAUAUAAACAAAACUUUUAUUUUGAAUGCGAUUAAUUGGUUGACAGCACUAAUAUAUAUGUUUGUGUGUAUAUAUAGCACUUUUUUCCAGACUAAACCUUUCUAAUCUUACUUUGGGUUGCAGUUACACUGUUCUGCCAGUAGGGCGCCUCAAAACACCACAGUCAAAGUCUGAGAGUUACUAGUUAACAAAGUCCCUUUCAAGUAUACAGUAUAUUUAUAGUCUUUGGUAGUUAACUGAGUAACUAUGAGCUCUGGCUGAAUGUGGAUAAUUAAUAGUGCACAUGUAUCUGUAGUUUAUUGCACAAUAAUAUGUCUGUACAAAAUUACAAAUAUGAUCCUGCAGUGUUGCAAUUUUUUUUUCCAAAUAAUAAUAAUAAAAAAAGCUUCAUUAUGAAGUACAUAUAUGAGAUUUUAUUUGUGACUUUCAUGAUGUCUAACAAAUGUUCAUAAUGUUCCUCUUAGAAUAAGUCACUAAAAGAGUCACCCAUUAUUUAAAUGUAACAUUUACAUUUAAACAUUAAGCAGUCACUUUUA